AUGGCAAACCGCAUUUCCAGUCCCAUGGUCCUUGCGUAUUACAAACACGAGUACCAGAAGACAUCAGACCCACGAAAGAGAACUUUUUUCCGGACUUCGCUUGGAGCUCAUCAGGGUUUUCGCAUGUACAUCACUUCGAUCACAAGCAAGCCAACCGUUCAAGCCCCUUAUGAUAGCCCGCUAUCUCCGGAUAUGGCUUGCGCCUUCCCCGACCAAUCGUUCGGCGCAUUGCACGGACUGGUUACUGGUUGUAGAUGCGGGCCGAACUCAAAAGCGCUGAAGUGUGGGAAACAGCCAAUGACCCCCGGACCCCUUUUCAUCCACAACGUUGUGGCACGGUCAGAUCUGAGCGGUAGCUGGGACCUCCCGCAACCGUUUGCUUUCGACAAGCAGCCGUUCCUCCGAGAUCCUCGACUCAAUGUGUCGUACGUGCAACAUUGGCGCACCGUCAUGUCGAACGACGAACAAGGCAGCUAUGCUCGCAUGCUGCACUUGGAUGACACCACGUCCACUCCGCUGGUAGCGAUUGAGCUGAUCUUGCCUGACCUGGAUGAGCUCUGUUUGAAAAGAAGUGGAGCUACUCGGAGAGCGAGCAAUUGUGCGCUUUCAGCCACUGGUAGGCUGCAAGUGAGCAGGGAAGAACUAGGACUCAAGGACCGUGAGGACCUUGCAGGACGAGGAAGACGUGCAGCUAAGAAUCUGCUCUGCAUGCUGCGCUUUCCCGGCUGCUUUGAGCCACCGGCAGUAUCCACUGUGCCAUAG